ACCUUUACAUCACAUCUUUUCUCAUAAUGUACCACAGCAUGUGUGUGUGUGUUAAAUGACAAGUUUUUCAGUCGAAAGCAGCGGUAGUGUCCUGAAAUCUCUUUCCCUUUCGAGAUGGGAUGUCUUGUGCCAUGCAUCUUUACAAUUUUAUUUAUAGUAGUAUUUAAAGAAAGCCUUCUUGCAGUUGAAGGAACCGAUUCACUUGAUGCAUGGGAAUACCAAUGUGAAAUCAAAGAGAAUGUCACCGACGUCCUGUGGAUUUUACAAUUCAGUAAUGAUACAGAAACACUUUCCAGAUGCUUAACCGAAUCCGAGAUCUGUGACCUGAGAUUAGACGACUGUGCCAUCGCCACCAUAAACAGCAAAAGCAGUUUGUUAAACAUUUCUGACAGCUUGGUGAAAGAGAAGGUCGGGAGAGUGGGGUAUGCCGAAAUUAUUAGCGGAAAGAAGGGCGACAUACGCUUUGAUGCAACAAAUCGGAGUAUAACCUGGGCAUGUGUCCCCUUACCAGAAACAUCCACCUCCAUCGCAGAAACACCAACUACCAGUCAAGAACCUACUACCAGCACUGAAUCAACUACAACGACGUGGGAAACAUCCAUAACCAGCAGUGAAUUGUCUACAACCACCAGUGAAGCAUCCACAUCCACCAGUGAAGCAUCCACAAUAACGACAAGGGAGACAUCCGUUACCAGCGGCGAAGUAUCUACAACCACCAGUGAACCAUCCACAAUUAGCAAUAAUUUAUCUACAGAAACAAGUGAAGCAGUAAUAACCAGCGAAGAACCAACUAUAACCAUCAGAGAAACAUUUACAUCAGACAAUUAUUUAUCUACAAUCCCAAAUGAAGCAUCGACAGCCACCAGUGAAGGACCCAUAAGCACCAGUGAUACAUCACCACAGACCAGUUCAGCGCAAAAGACUUCAGAAAGUUUACCUAUCACAGAACCAUCCACAACACAAAUAUCUACGACCUCAAACAAAUCCGAGACUACUUCUGACCAGUCAACACAAUCCAUUCAUCAACAAGACUCAGAUGGUGGUGUCCCAGCAGGGGCCAUCGCCGGAAUCGUGGUGGCAAUAAUUGCAAUCUGUUUGAUUGUCGCUGCGGUCUUUGUGAUGUACAAACGACGGCAAAGAGAAAAACCCAGCUUUCCCGCUAUUGAUCACAAUGCUCCGGAUGAAGCUGUGGUUGUUGACUGCGUGAAUCCUGUUUACAAAACCUCUGAAACGUCACCAGACGAGUCGUUACCGACAGCUGCAGAUACACAAAAGUCCCAGUGUGAUAACAGCCAGCCUCAGGUAGUAGAAACAGGUUCUUUGGACGGAGUCAAUCAUUAUGCGACGACGUCGACGACACUCUCAACACUCUCUAGUCAAGAAGGACUCGACAAACCGGCAAUGGACUCUACAAGUGCUGACAUCCAUCCAUCUGCUACUACUACACCAGCAGCGGACGUUUAUUCUGUUGUUGACAAGCCAAAGAAAAGCAAUAUUCAUACAGAUCAUGCAAAACCACUUUUGGGGAAGAACAUGGACGUCCCUGCUAAAGUUGCUGAUGAACUGUACGCUGUUCCUGAUAAAUCUGGAAAACCACCCGUCAGCAGUGGUCAAGCUCAACUCUCCAGUGAGAGAGACUCUAAAGACAACGGUCCUCUUGAGACUACGAACACUGCUCUGCCCUCUGAUGACCACAUUGAUGAAACACUCCCCAAGGAAAUGCUGUCAGGAGACGUGUAUUCUGAAGUCAACAAGCAAAAGCCAAUCUCAGAGUCAAGCUCAAGCCCAGUGCAAAUCAAACUUUAAGCUGUAUCCAGAUGUAAAGUAAAUAAAGGGUCGAAAAAAUGACAGUAAGAACUCGGAUGGCGGAAAUAAGAAGGAUGCAAGUCUCUUGACUGCUCAAAGUGGACUUACAAAAUGUAAUCGCCUUUACAGACACUAAUGAUUUAUGUUUCUUUAAAAUGCGACUGAUUGUCGACGGUAUAACUGUAGUCAUCGUGUACAAAAAAGUAAAUAUUUAAAAAUAUAUCCAUAAAUCUUUUAGUGUAUCGGAAAGACGCAUUAAGUAAAAUUAUAUGAAAAAAUGACAAUAUAAACACAAUAUUUCAAUUUUUUUGUUAAUGGCUCAACAUUAUUGAAAUAUAUAUUUAUAUAUAAAUCCUUUGUAUAAAGGUUAAAGUAUUCUGUUUGUUAUGAUCCUAUCGAAGCCUCGGUAUUAUAAGGUGUAUUGGAUUUUGCUAUAUUUGUAUUGUUAGACUUUCUUUGCGUUUCUUUUAAAUUAAAAGCAAUAAGCUAUGGAAAUUAUAUUUAUAUAAGUAAAUGAAAGUAAUUAAAUAUCUCUUGGGAUAAUCAGCCUUUUAUCAUGUUUUAGUAAUCCAUUUCGAAAACAUUAGGUUUAUAUAAAGCCCUUUUACAGUCUUAUUUUGCAUUGUGGUUUUUCCAUUUGCUUUUCUUCCUUUUUUUCUGUAAAUCUUGUAAUAAAACGGGAAUGUGACGAUGAAAUCGAUGUAUAUUUGUAAAGUAAAUGUAAAUUAUUAAAAAAUAUAGUUUCAAGAA